UAAUACAUAUAACGCAUAUAUUUGAUUUUGAAACAUGUAAGGAUCUAAAAGUGUGAAAUAGUGUUAUUGAAUAUAUUCACUGUUUACAAAAAUGAUACGAAGUCAAAAUGAUUGAUUCGGGGAAAGUAGAAUAGACCGAGAGGUAAGUUAAUUUUGCGCUCUUCAAAUGUCAAAUCUUUUAUGAAAACAACAUGAAAGAGUCGUCAAAUCUAGACGUUCUUAAUAGACAUUAUGGAAAUAAGGAGGCGAAAAACUGUAGAAGAUUGCUUCACUCGGCUCCAGUGAGACGGAAUGGAGGAAACCGACAAUUGGAUAAAGUUACUAUCAACAAUUCUUUACUUUUGGACGAUUUAAGAGAUAGACCAGAAUGGAUAAACCAUCAAGGUGAACAUGGAAUUCAGAUAACCAUGGCAACAGGUCGUCAUAAUUUAAAACGAGAAAUGACGAGUAUUACUUGUCACGAAUCUUGCAUCCCUUUGUGUUAUUCAAGGGACCACACGAACGUUUCGGGAAUCUCGUCACGAAAUACCGUCACACCGUUCCUGAUAACACAACGACAGAAAACAAAGAACUGCUGGGCCAGUGAACGCGGGAGAAGGGACAUCAAUUCCGCAGUAAUAAGGGAACGUUUAAAAUCUGAAAGAUCACGACGGCGAUCAGCGAAAUCCGCCGAAGGUCAGGAAAGAGCACGUCGUCAAAGUACAGUGUCAACUGAUGACGGGGACAAAGAAAGGCAACCAAAUGUACAGGCAAUCAGUCGUUUCCGAGUGGCUAUCCUAUGUGUACGGAUACUUGUCCGAUGGCUGCGGAUUAUCAUCAACAUCAGUAACCGUAUGACAUCACGGACCGCAACGGAGGAACAGUGGUACACUUUGUACAAUAGUAACGAGGCCCGGGCUCUUGCCUUCAACAAAGCCAUGUUUGCAAGGGAGAGGACAUUUGCGAAAGUACCAAACUGGGCUAAAGAGAUUUUAGGCCAGGAACCAGAGGCCAGGACAGAGACUGACUGCCGAAGGCUUCACGCCCUCCUAAGGGGGCUUAAAAGCUUUGACAAGUUUACUGAGAAAAUUCAACUGUCUAUGUGUAGGGCUUUCCGUUAUAUAUGUGUGGAAAACGGUCGAGUGAUUCUAAGACGAGGACAUGUUGGUUUUAAUUUCUACUUUAUGUACUCUGGAUCUGUAUUUGUGAAUCUGGAAGAUAGGAACAUUGAUGGAGAUAAGUUUGAGAAAACUGAGACAGUCCUAGUCCGAGGUGAUGCUUUUGGCGAGUUGGCUCUCCUACAGGACAUUCGCCGGACAGCAUCCAUCACGUGCCGAGAGACAUGUGAAAUGCUAGUGGUGGAUAAGGACACGUUUGCCAAAGUAUGUCCUAAAAUCUUUGAAGAGGAACUGGAGGAAAAAGAACGUUUUCUGUGCCAUUUACCGUUAUUCAAUAGCCGAGUAUGGACUAAAGAAAUGAUAAAACGCAUCUGUACCGAAGCUCAAAUUCAGGAGUACAAGACUAACAAGGUUAUCGUAGUUGACAGUGAUGAAGAAUGGAUCUACGUCUGCAUGGAGGGGAAAUGUCAGAUCAUAAGGAGAGUGGCAUUAGACUUGAAGUCUAGUCAUAAGAAGAAAUCAUCACUUGCGAAACGGCCGUCUACCCCAAUGUUAUCUGACGAGGUCCUGGAUAUCCUUGGCAAGCUUAAAACAAUACAGGACAACAAAAAUAAGCAAGAAGCAGAAUCAGAUGAUUCGGAUGAUGAAAUCGGCAAAGAAAGAAUGCUGGAUUCUAUGUCCCUGGAAUACCGAAGAGACGGCAGGACAAAGGACUACAUUAGCUCUCUAUUGGAACAGCGUCGCCGGUUAAUGAAGAAUCCGGACAAAGACGCUGUCAUAGAGAAAAAGGAAGUUAUGGCAAUUAAAGGGACGAUAACCCUCACAUCACUUAUGGCACAGAACAAGAAAAGUCCUGACGGGAAAGACUACGUUUAUUUGAAUAUCGGCGAGUUACAUAGCAAAGACGUUUUCGACUUGUUCUGCAUCAUGUAUCCGUCCCGGCGUCCUGCCAACAGCACUUUGAUAUUAGUCAGUCUUGGUUCCCGGAUGAUGAGAAUCAAGCGGAAGAACUUCUUCAACACGACAAGCCACGAUGCUCUACUGCAUGCUAAACGAUUAGCCAAAAAAGAAAGAUACCCAAGUGAAGAAAUGCUCUUAAGAUCGUACCGAGAAAAGACAAUGUGGGAUAACUACAAAUCACAUGUGGUCACAGAAAUUGUUGGACCACACUUGAAGAAAAAUGGCAGAUUCUCCAACAUUUCCAAAGAUCAACUCAACAUCAUGAAAGAACGGAACGAACAGAAGGAAAUUUUGUUAUCAACUUUAAAACGAAACAUGGUCAUUUCCAAGGCGACGAAGACAGAAGACGAUGAAAAUGAUGGCAGCAGUGAUGAAAAAUACAAUUAUGGCGAUACCAUUCCACAGCAAGUUUUUGUAUUACCUCAUCAGCUGAAGAUACACGUGUCUGUCGAACCGAUCCCAUCAAACCUUGCAGUUGGCAGGAGAACUUCCGUUUUAACAAAGCCGGGUUUCAUUCGGGAAUCUCAAGGAAUUGAAAGAUCGAAAACAGAUUUAAAGACAGUAAAUUGUUCUUAAGCUGUUGAUAUACUAUCUACAAUCUGAUAUGACACUGACAGCAAGAUCACCAAUAUCAACGUAUUUAGUAACAUAUUUUCUAUUCAUUUUUUGACACGUGUACAUCAAAUGAUAACUAAAAGGAUUGAAUAAUAGACAAGACUUUCAAUCAAGAUUCAAGUAUCGAAACUUACAUCUUUAAGAGGGUAUAUGUUGUUAUUGUCUUAGUGCUUAAUCUUAAGCAGUAAGUCAAGUACACUGCUAAAAUAAGACUUUGUUAUUAUAAGCAAUCGUACAUGUAUAUAGUACAUACACAUUUCAUUCGGUGCUUUAUUGUCGAUUUUGGUUGUGGUUUUAUUUUGCUUCUUUAAAUUAAAAAUAGGCAGAAUAAUGAUUAAUGUUAUUUCCGAUGUACCAAUCUCUUGCCUGUUGCGAUAGUGAUACUUCACAUUGUAAAAAAAACAAUAGAAUUAUAUAUUCUGUCACUAAAACUUAUUAAACAGUUGGUGAAUCAUAUACAUAAGCAGUGUACUGUACAAUCCGUGAAAUUGUACGAAAUCAGAAAAAAGUUUUUUCCAAUUUAAAAAACUCAUUGCAACUGUAAAAUUACUCAAAAAGUCUGCUAUCGCAACAUCAAAAGCAAUUGUAAUUGCAAUUGUCAUUUUGUAAUUCCGUUGUGGAUAUCUUGAAUAUCUUUAGUUUGUUGCUUUUAUAUAGGUAAAGUGCAUAUAAAUCCGGUCUCUGGCAAAAAAAAAGUUUUUUUUGUUUUAUUUACCAUAGAACUUACAUGGAAUAGAUAGUUUAUUUAUUAUUCCGGCAAACUGGUCAAUGUAGUUCUUUUUCAUAUGUCUGGUUAUUGGUUAUUGUGCUUAAUACAACAGAUACGGAUUUCACUGAGACAGGAUUCUUGUUCAAAUCGAUUCGUGGCACUGUCAGAAAAAAAAAAAAGAAAAAAAAAUCUUUGUUACAUCAAAAAAUUAAUUAAGUUCUUUCUACUUUUGAAUACCCGUCCUUUCAAUGUUAAGGAAAGAACAUUUUGGUAUGGUAUGGUAUUCCAAGUAUUAUUGAGUGCUUUGACGGGUUUUCUUAAAGCAAUGUACAAUAUUUUUAAAGUAAGUCUUUAUAUCAGUCAUGCUUUAAAUAGCCUUCAAUAUGUUGAAGUUGCUUUUCCACUACUCCCAAUUUCGUACUUAUGAAUAGCUGGAAACUUCAAGACCUCUUCUACAUCAUCUGCUUUCCUUCUGGAUAUUUCUUAACAAAAAUUGGAUUAAUUGGGAAUUCUCGCUAUUGAAAGACGGCACAUUGCAGAAACAUAUAAAGGUUCUUUGUUACCAUUCUUGAUAAGCUAUUUGAUACAGUUAGCCUGACAUGAAGCGGAAACAAUGCUGGUAAAGGAGAUAUACAGGUUGUUCCCAUAUGAAUGUCAACAGUCUGCUGGAAAAUCUUGCAAUCAAACUCAAAAAAGAUAUUGUCAAGCAGAUAGAAUUAGUCACACUCGGAAUCCUCAGAAUAUUUCAUUUGAUGACAGUGGGUUGAUUUACGUACUGUGUAAAUGUAAUAUGAUUUAAAACAUUCACAACUUUCUUCUUUCGAAACAAUGUUUGCCUUUUGCUGAAAAGAACCCUUACAUAGUAAGAGAAUGAAGGCAUUCCUUCCGUUUCAUAUGAGGUAUGGAACACGCAAUGUUCAUGGUAGACAUGUAGAAUGUUCUGAUUUACAAAGAAAAACAGUUUUUAGGUAAGAAUAAUUCGACUUAAUCAAAACUUUACUUUCGAAUCCCUCAAAUCCGCAUACCAUUAAUUCCAGUUCUGUAGUAUAGCAUGUCAUAAUUCGACGGACAUUAUGUAACCCUGAUUUAAAUGGAUUAAGAAUGAUAUUGCAUUGUCGAACGCUAUAUUUUAUCACAGAAGGAUAUUGAUAUCCUUUUGAAUGUAAGAAUUUGUCCUAUAAUUUGUGUAUAAUAAGUUGUCAUAAUUUGCAAGAAAUUGCUAAUUCAUUGGUGUUUUAAAUAUAUGGUUUUCACUGUUAAAAACUUAACAAGUGUGUUAGAGUAAUUUACUCACCAUGGCUUGAAGCCUGAGCCGUUAAAACACUGUACUGCUAUUAAUUUAGUAGAAUUAAUUGACAACACAUAUUGUUAAUUAACAUUGCAAUAAACAAC